UGAGAAGAGGGCAGCUUUUUGAGGCUGGUCAGUCUCCUGGGAAUACUCCUUUCUCGCCCCCUGCCGAGAGCACAAGAGGCAAGAGCCCCUGUUGUUUUAGACCAAAUCCACACUCUGGUCUUUCAAUCUUCAAUGGAAAAAUAAUUUUAAAAUAGAUAAAUAAAAAAAGUCUAAAAAAAAAAAAACCCAACCCAGAAUAACGUUACCAGAUCUCACCAGCCAGCCAGCCACCAAUUACCAUCCCCGACCCAGCUAUUCUUUUACGGUACCUGGAUGACACACAUUAUCAUUUUGUCACCACCACCACCACCACCACCGUGUUCCGGAGUUGUAUAACCUUCUCUUCCUGGUCUUCUCCACAAAUAAAACUUCUCUUCCUGGUCAUGGGGGUUGCUGUUUCUGGUUCCUACUUUUCCUGGGAGCUUCACGGUUUCUGAAGGAUAAAAGAGAAUCUGAAAAACGAAGCAUUUCUUUUAUGUUUGUCUUCUUUUUACUGUAGGAUAUAGGAUAUUAGUGGAGUGAGCUGGGAAAUUAACAGAAAGAGGUAGGAAUCCCCCAAAGCAGAUUAGAUGGCGAAGGAGUACAGUGGAUCUCCCAAGUAUAGUCAGCUAGAAUCAAAGAGGAAGCGCCUCACUUGGAUCUUGUGUGUGAGUGGCCUCUGCGUCCUGUCCUACGUCUUAGGAGCUUGGCAGAAUACCACUUCCCCCCCUCUAAAGAGUUCAGAUGUUUACACAAAAGUGGGGUGUGAUGGUGAAUCCAAUACAGCAGGCAAAGUACGAUCGUCGUCGUCGUUGUCCACUGUCUCCCUCGAUUUUGAAGCUCAUCACCAAGUGGGGAUCAAUGAAACCGACGGGAUUGAGAAAUUCCCUCCUUGUGACAUGACGUACAGUGAGUACACUCCUUGCCAAGAUCCUGUAAGGGGAAGGAAAUUUGAUCGGAACAUGUUGAAAUACAGGGAGAGGCAUUGUCCCACCAAGGAGGAACUUCUCCGUUGCUUGAUUCCUGCUCCCCCCAAAUACAAGAACCCUUUCAAAUGGCCUCAGAGCAGGGACUACGCUUGGUACGAUAACAUUCCUCACAAAGAGUUGAGUAUUGAAAAGGCCGUUCAGAAUUGGAUUCAGGUUGAGGGCAACCGGUUCAGAUUCCCUGGUGGAGGCACCAUGUUCCCUCGCGGCGCAGACGCUUAUAUUGAUGACAUAAACAAGCUCAUCCCUCUUACCAGUGGAACAAUCAGGACUGCACUCGAUACAGGAUGUGGAGUUGCAAGUUGGGGAGCCUACCUGCUAAAGAGAAAUAUCCUAGCAAUGUCAUUUGCACCAAGGGAUACGCAUGAAGCUCAGGUUCAGUUUGCACUGGAACGGGGAGUUCCUGCCAUGAUUGGAGUUAUGGCAUCACAGAGGAUGCCCUACCCAGCAAGAGCUUUUGAUAUGGCCCACUGUUCACGCUGCUUGAUUCCAUGGCAACAAUAUGAUGGGUUAUACCUGAUUGAAGUAGACAGAGUUCUAAGGCCUGGUGGUUAUUGGAUUCUCUCUGGACCCCCAAUCCGCUGGAAGAAGUACUGGAGAGGUUGGGAGAGAACUCAAGAAGAUCUAAAGCAAGAGCAAGAUGCAAUAGAGAAGAUAGCCAAAAGUAUUUGUUGGAAGAAAGUGAUUGAGAAAGAUGAUCUGGCAAUUUGGCAAAAGCCCUUGAACCAUAUCGAUUGUGUAAAGAGUAGGAGGGUUUUCAAAACGCCACACAUCUGCAAAUCAGAUGCUCCAGACACUGCAUGGUACAGAAAUAUGGAACCUUGCAUCACACCACUACCAGAAAUAAGCAGCUCGGAUGAAGUUGCUGGAGGGGCACUGGAGAAAUGGCCGGAACGGGCAUUUUCCGUUCCUCCCAGAAUAAAAAGUGGGUCUAUCCCAAGUAUCACUGCCAAGAAAUUCCAAGAGGAUAAUGAACUGUGGAAAGAUAGGUUAACACGCUACAAGCGGAUUAUCCCACCGCUCACUCAAGGACGAUUCAGGAACAUAAUGGACAUGAAUGCUUAUAUGGGGGGAUUUGCAGCAGCCCUUGUGAAAUAUCCAGUGUGGGUUAUGAAUGUAGUUCCAGCCAAUACAAAUCAAGACACUCUAGGUGUGAUCUAUGAGAGGGGAUUCAUAGGUACCUAUCACGACUGGUGCGAGGCUUUCUCGACAUAUCCAAGAACAUAUGAUCUUAUCCAUGCCGGCGGCGUGUUCAGCAUUUACCAAGACAGGUGUGAUAUUACAUACAUUCUGUUGGAAAUGGAUAGAAUUCUAAGGCCAGAAGGAACUGUGAUAUUCAGGGACACGGUAGAUGUUCUUGUGAAGAUACAGAGUAUAACAGAUGGAAUGAGAUGGAAGAGCCAGAUUAUGGACCAUGAGAGUGGACCCUUCAACCCUGAAAAAAUUCUUGUCGCUGUUAAAACUUACUGGACCGGUGAAGCUUCUUCCAAAAAGAAUCAAACAUAAUAGGCCCAAAAUAAUGCCUCUGACGUAUUGUUGGGAGUUCUUCCAUCAAUUCUUUUCUUGUUUUUGUUUUCUUACUUCUAGGCCUCUGGCUCUUACCUUCUUCGUUUCUUCUUUCGUAUGGAAUUCACUUUGAGGUUAUCUUAGUUUUUUCGUCGUAGCCUUCAAGUUGGAUGUACAUCUUUUCCUUCCUUUUUUUUUUUUUGUUUUUCUCUUUUUGGUCUAUAUUGCUUUGCUAUGUAAGCUAUUAUUUUAUUUGUAACCCUUUGAGGAAACUGUGGUUUUUCAAGGAGAUCGUGACAUGAUCUUCCACUUAAAUGGGCCCUCUUUAUUUCCCCCUUUUCCACUAUCA